ACCUCCCUUAAUUUUACUUAUAUUUAUAGUAUAUUGCUAUGGCUUAUUUGUCAACAUGAAAUUAUAUAUGAGGAUUGUCACCGUUCAAAUUAUUAAAAGAAGUGUCAAAUUUGCAAAAAACAUCGCUUAAUAUUCCUUUACAACAAGACUUCCUCUUAUAGGGAGGUUAAAAUAACGGCGGAAGUUGAAGCUCAUUUCUAAAAACAAACAACAUGGCAUCUUUCAGUCAGGGACAAACUGUUCCACAGAAAACUUUACGUUCAAAGAUAAAAGACGACCAUUUAACGUGUGCCAUCUGCUUAGGAAAUUUUGAUCACCCGAAAGCGUUAUCAUGCUUGCAUACUUUCUGUGAAAAUUGCAUCAGGGGCUAUGUAUUCGGCAGAAAUUUUGACAAAGUUGGCAAUUUUCCAUGCCCCGAAUGUAAGCAAAUCAUACAGAUUCCCGCGGGAGGUGUUGAAUCUUUCCCUGAUAACUUCCAUAUCAAAAGUUUGUUGGAUGCUCUUUCGACUCCGGCGCGUCCGGCCCCUCCUAGAUCAACAACAAACCCAAAUUCUGAACAUAAUAACAGUCAGUAUACAGACCAAAGUGGGGCAAGUGGUGAUCCGUAUCUAUACCCAGCACUUCAACGUUCUGACAGCGAGAAAAAAGACUAUGUGUUUGUUGAAGGAGAUGAAAUGAUACUAAAGUUUGGACAGUUCGGAGGUACCUUGAUAGAUUUUCAUAAGCCAUACGAUUUAGCCAUUAGUCAAACUGGCCAAUACGCAAUAUCUGAUAGAAGUGGCUCAAGAAUACUAGUCUUUUCAAAUACCGGUAUAUUACUUAGCAGAAUUACUUGUAUGAAUUGUAAGAUAAGUGGACUCACAUUUAUGCGAGAUGGGAAUAUUCUUGUAGCCGUUGCAAAUGCUGGUUCAUCUAUUAUGAGAGUUUAUAAUAUGGAUGGGAAACUGUUAGAGGAUAUUGGAGAAUUUUAUAGAUUCUCUAAACCUAGUGGAAUAGCUAUAAAUAGUAGUCAUCAAAUAGUUAUUUCUGACUUAGAAAGCCACACAAUAAUGAUUUUCACAGACAAAAGAAAAUUUUCAACCAAAUUUGGAAGUAAAGGUUCUGGAGAGAAAAGGUUUCUUUCGGCAAACUUUAUUACCAUCAAUCAGAAGAAUCACAUUAUUGUUUCUGAUUGUGGAAAUAACUGCAUUCAAGUGUUUGACAAUACGGGUGAAUUUAAACAUAAGUUCGGCAUCACAGGUGAAGGUCAUGGUCAUCUCUCCUGUCCAAUGGGAGUUGCAACAGAUAGUCACAAUAACAUUAUAGUGGCAGAUGCUGGCAAUUUCCGAGUAGAAAUUUUCGACAAAAAGGGCAGACAUAUCAAGUGCCUUAUUGAAGAUACAGACGCAAUAGGAAAUGAAGCAAAGCCUUUAAACGUAGCAGUGACCCAUAACGGGGACAUUGCUGUUUUACUUGUCGGUGAACAGUUUGCUGAAGUGAGAGUUUUUAGGUGGAAUGGCUGAUACAUGUAGAUGUAUUCUGACAACUGACAAUCUUUAAUUUAAACGAAUCAGAAAUAAAUGUAUUAAAUUAAAAAAGAUAUCCUUGAUAUUGAAUAAAAUAUGUAUUAGAUUAAAAAGUAUUAAUAAUAAACAAUUACAUGCAUUAUAUUACAAAUGAAAGUAUACUUGAAUAUAAAUGUAUUUUGUUCAACAUAGCAUUGUUUUUUAUUAUACAUGUACAAAAAAUGUAUAAGAAAUGUAUGAACAUGUAUGUACCUGUGUACUAUUUAAAAUCUCCCCCAUUCCAUUAUCAUGAUUAUUUAAUUAUUUGCAUUGCUUAAUUAUAUUGUUGAUUCUCCAUGCCAUGAUUGAAAUGUAUUUUACAAUGCAGUGAUAUUGUUUGCCUUAAAUUAGUGGAGAAGAAAGGCUUUUUCCCCUGGAGAAGAAUCCCAAUUUGAAAAAAAAUGGCUUAAAAUUAUUCACAAAAAGACAAUUUUUUUCCCAAACAGUGCUGUCUCAGUAGAAAAUGUGCAUGAAUAUAAACUGAAAAACACUUACAUGUACUUAAACAUUUUUCAAGCCUAAAAUAACUAUAUUCAUGAUAUUUGCAGAUUUGAGGGUCUAUUUAUGUAUCAUCACUGACAAAAUGAGGUCUUAUUUUAAAGCAGGGUUUGACUCUUGAAAAUGGCUCUGUAAAUUGAAGCUUCAGUCAAAUUCAUGGUUAAUUUUAAAUUUCCCAAUUUGAUGAAAAUGACGCAUAUUUUCCCAAUAAAAAAGGGUAAGAGGUAGUUUUGAAAAAAGCCAACAAUAUCACUGCAAUGUGUUUACAUGAUAUUAGAUUACUAAGCAUUAUAAUUUACACUAACAGAGGUGGAUUUAGAGGGGUUUUCAGACCCCCACCCCCACACUUUUGUGGAAAAAUUUGGUUGUAUAUGUAGGGAAUCACUGAAGCAUGACUGGAGUGGGCCCCCUUUGAGGCAGUCAGUGGGCCCCCUAUUACAUUUAUAAAAGUUUCUGGAUCCGCCACUGACUAACUAAAGACAAACAGAGAGCUAACUCUUUAUUACAUAUACAUACAUGUAAACAUGACAAAGAUGAGUAUUGUUUGUAUAUCAUGUAUAUAUUUCAUGUUUUAUACACAGUCACUUGAGUGGAGGUUAAUUUGUUCCAAAUAUCAUUUCCAAAGAGCUUCUAUUGGUUGAAUUUUAAAUAUCUUAUGAUUGUCAUAAAAACAUUUGUAUGUACUGCAACUAAAUACAAUGAUAUGUUAUUAAAAGUAUUUCAUUUGACAUGAUAAUUGUUACUGUGCCAUUGAUAAUAAUAUUGUACAUGUAUCACAUAUCAUGCAUACAUGUACAUGUAUUCAUAUGGUAUUUGUCCUGUAUGUUUAUUUAUUUUUUCAUUGUCUUCUAAAAAAGAGUAUCAUUAAUUUUAUAUGAACAUGAUUUACAUUUCCCUUAUAAAGCUAGGGAACAUUUGUGUGGAAGUUGAUGAAAAGCUACAUGAUACAUGUAUGCAUGUAUGCAUCUAUUGCAACAUUUUUUUUGACAGUUUACAUUACAUGUUUCAUGUGUAUGAUAAUGUUAUACUUUUAACUAACAACUAAAUCCCUGGUUGGAUAUUUUUUGUAUUAUAACUUUGAGUAAGAAGCCAAAGUACAUGUAUGUGAUUUCACGUCCACUUGAUACACAUGUUUGUGUAAUAUUUCAAUUCUAGUAGAUAUGUUUUUCUGUCAUUUUUCUGUAAGCCUGUCAUUGCAUAUGACACCUGCCUAGCAUACAACCUUUUUUAUAACAUAAUAUAUUAAUUAUUAAAGGGUGUUUUUCUGAAAUAUCUGAGUUUGAUUUUUAAACAUGUUAAAGCAGAAAUUAAAAUAAAGUUGAAAGACAGUUGAUUAAGAAAUGUUGAAUGUUGAGUUUUUUCACAUCACCAAUUUCAAAAACAUUUCUUUACCAUGUUUACCAUAUAGCUUUAUAAUUAGCCAUGAACAUUUAAUAUAUUAAAACAUAAUUAAUGAAUGAAAUUUAAUAACAGGACACUGUACUCUUUGAAGUUAUAAAAAUACAGGCAUUUUUUUUUUACAUUAGUGAUUACAUAUGUUCAGUUGUAUAAAAUAGAUAAAUGGCUUAUUCUAUAAUUUUACUCUUUUCAUGUUUGUGGAACUUAAACAUUGCGAAAAGUUUUAUUGCAGUGCAUAUCCUUUGCAAAUAAAUUCAAAGUAGGCAUUCAUUUUUGUGGCAUUCAUUUCGUUUCUAUUGUACAUUUGUGCAUGAAUGGAAAUACAAUGUUACAGUAAUAUAUCUGUGAUAUUAUGUACAAUUUUCCUUAACUUUUGGUGCCUUGGAAAUGUUGGAAAUACAAUGUGAUAUAUUUUCUUACCUUUUUUUCUUACAAACUGUUUGUUGUAUUUGUAACAAGUGCCUUCAUAUAUACCAUUGUAUACAGUGUAUAUGUUUUUUUUCAG